AGCGGACACGGAAGCUGAACGCCAGCCGCCGGCUAUGAAAAAAAAAAGGCUUGGUUAAAACCUAGGGCGCUAAAGUGUAACCAGCGGCGGCCGUGCUCUCUGAUCCUUAAAUGUUGGCCUCCCUUUGCAUUUUGUCUGCCAAGGCAGGAGGCGAAGAUGUGCACACGCCUGCGUGCAACCCGGAGUUGUCCUUCGACUAUGUAAACGCUAACCUUUGCGAAGCGGAUGGUCUCUCUCCCCGCCCCUGGUUCCCUCCCACCCCCGCUGCUGCUUUGCACUUUCGCCCCCAGCGUCGGUUCCGGCCUCCUGUCCUGCAACACUCUCUGCUGGCAUCCAUGGGGCGGCGGCGCUGGCGGCCGUGGGGCGCUGCCUCGGGUUGCGUGAGGCUCUGGCUGCUGCGGCUGCUUUUGCUCCAUCAGACGGGCUAUGGGGCGGCUGCUGCUCCUCCUCCUCCCCGGAUCGCAGCCGCCGCGUUUGAUCCAGGCUCCGCUGCGCCGUUGCUUUGCAAUGUCAGCCUGGACGCCCCGCCCGAGCACCGCUGGGACCCGGUGGUGCGCCGCUUUGACCCGGCGUUCCUGCGGGCCGCCCUAGCCCAGGUCAUCGAUGAAGUCGUUCCCAAGUGGGUUCACGCUGUUAUUCGGCCUCUCGCUGAAGAACUCGAACUUUUCGUUCCCCAGCCAUUCUCAGGGGAGAUCCGAGGACUCUGCAGUGCAGUAGGGGUGAACGUCGGGGAUGGAGUCCUACUCAAUUUGGCCUAUGAAUCCACUGCCUUCUGCACCAGUAUAAUCGCUCAAGAUAAUAAGGGAAACAUAUACCAUGGCCGAAAUCUGGAUUAUGCUUUUGGAGAUAUUUUACGGAAGACUACCAUUGAUGUGGACUUUCAAAAGAACGGGAAGGUAUUGUUCAGGGGGACCACGUUUUUCGGUUACGUAGGUUUAUGGACAGGACAGCGUCCACACAAAUUUACAAUCUCUGGGGACGAGCGAGCUUCUGGCAGCUGGUGGGAGAACGCAGUGGCAGCUUUCCUGAGCCGAAGUACCCCAGUCAGUUGGCUUGUCAGGACUGCUUUGAGUGAAGCCAACGAUUUUGAGGCUGCUGCUCUUAUGCUGGCCAAGACCCCAAUAAUAGCAGAUGUCUAUUACAUCAUCGGAGGCACAACCCCCAGAGAGGGGGCAGUCAUUACGAGAAACAGAAGAGGACCAGCAGAUAUUUGGCCUUUGGAACCUUUGGCUGGAGCGUGGUACCGGGUGGAGACGAACUAUGACCACUGGAGAGUCCCUCCUCCUUUUGAUGAUCGAAGAACUCCAGCCAUGAAAGCACUGAAUGCCACUGGACAGGAAAAUAUUAAUCUUGAUUCCCUCUAUCAGGUACUGUCAGUACAGCCAGUUUUAAACAAGUACACAGUUUAUACCACUGUGAUGAGUGCUGCAGCCCCAGACACAUACACCACACGGAUCAGGACCUUAGAGCGAAAGACAUAAAAGGAAGAAGGAAACGGAAGACUUCUUUUUAAAAUGCAGCAAAAGUGGGUCUCUGUGUGUGAUACAACCACAGUUUAUAAGACGACGACGAAUAUUUAUAUACUGCUUUUCAACAAAAGUUCCCAACCGGAUGACAUAGAUAUAAAUAAAUAAAUAAAUAAAGUGGCUCCCUGUCCACAAAGGGGGCUUUACAGUCUAAAAAAGAAACCUAAGAUAGGCACCAGCUACACCCACUGGAGGGAUGCUGUGCUGGGGGUGGAUAGGGCCAGUUGCUCUCCCCCUGCUAAACAAAGAUAAUCAUCACUUUUAAAAGAUGCAUCUUUCCUCAGUUAGCAGGGGUUAUAUACCACUUAACACAAAUCUUGGUAUUGUGUUAAGAAUCUAUCAUUCCCCACCCUCCAAGCAAGUUUCUUGCCCUCAACUGAGUGAAGAUUCAGGGUGUAGUGGGCAAUCCUUGAUAAAAUCUGUGAGAGAUUAUGGACCAGAAUACGAUGUUCAGGUUUAAGAACCAGGCUCCAUCACCUGAUAAUUUCCAAAAGGACCAUAAACUAUGCAGAAUAAGCACAUACAUGCAAAAAUUAUUCAUUCGUGCAGGUUUCAGAAUUCUGCCUUUCCUGGAGCUGAAUUCCAGUUUCCAUGGCACAUAAUUAAUAAGCUGAGAACCAGCACGGUGUAGUGGUAAGAAAGCUGGACUAAGACCAGGGAGACCCGAGUUCAAAUCUCCGUUCAGCCUUGAAAUUCGCAGUGACUCCGUCUAGGCCAAUCGCUUAUCUUUCAGCCCAACUUACCUCACAGGGUUAUGGUGAGGAUAAACCUAACCAUGUACACUCCUCUUGGCUCCCUGGAGGAAGAGUGGGAUAUAAACAAAUAAACAAACUCCCAUCAUCUCUAGCCACAGUGGCUAAUAGUGAGGCCUGAUGAGGAGUUGUAGUCCAACAUCUGCCAUGGGGCUGAAAGGCCGUGCAGCCCUUUUCGAAAACAUCCCCAUUUCUCUGGGCCUCUUGGAUUUCUAUGGGCCUGUUUGAAAACAGAUGGUGGCGACCUUAUUGAAGAGCAAUCUGGAUUGUAGAUGGCCUGGGGACAGUGCCUGUGCCACUGAAUUUCGGAGAAGGUAGAAUAGAAAUGUGAUCAUAGUUUCCUUGUUGGAGUGCACAUAGCCAUGGCUGUGGCACAGUUGGGUAUUUGCUGGGCCCCCAGAUGGCCGAAGGGAACACCACCACCCCCAACAGCACUGCCAUUCUUGCUUUGCACAGAAGGCUGGGGGCAGCAUAGGAUAAUUCUUACAUGGGGUGUAGCUAGGGGAGAGGGGGCCUGUGUUCGCCCCUCUGGUGACCCCUUGGAGUGAAGGAGAUAAUGAAGAAAAUAGGGAGGGGUGGUGGAUUCUUUGAACCCAUCCGCUGAAUUAUAGCUACACCUGAUUCUUACUUUGCAUACCAUGUUAUAUGAAGAUCGGUGAUCAGUCCUUGUCUAGUGCAAGGUUUCUUAACCUUGGCCACUUGGAGCCAUUGUGGCUGAUGGGAGUUGUAGUCCAACAACGUCUGGGGGCCCAAUGUUGCAAACUGCUGCAUUAGAGCCUCGUCAGUGCUGGCAUCAGAUUUAUCAAAUGCUUUCCCAGGGAGGUCUGCCUGGCCCCGACACUGUAUGCCUUCAGCGCCAAGCAGAGCUUUUAACGGGGCCCUUGGAAUAACUGAUGCUGUUUGGACUAUUUUCCAUCUUGCCGUUCACUUUAGUUCUGCUGAAUAUUGCUAGUUUAAUGAAAUCUUCUUCUUUACUACUGCAAACUACAAAUAUGCAUAUGCUCCUUUACAUCACAAUUGUUCAAUGCAAUUUUACAAUUUGCUCAGUGCAGUUUACAUAGAUUCCAGUGGUUCCUCUAGAUGUUGCUGAACUAUAACUCCCAUCAUCCCCAGCUACAAUUUAUUAUGGCUGGGGAUGAUGGGAGUUGUAGUUCAGAAACAUCUGGAGGAACCCUGGCUGGGAACCACUGCAUAGAUAGACAGAUGGAUAAAGUGGUUCCCUGUCCCAAAGGGUUCAUGGUCUAAACAGAAACACAGGGGAGACCCCAGCAACAGCCACUGGAGGGAUGCUGUGUUGGGGCUGGACAGAGCCAGUUGCUCUCCCUGCUAAAUAUAAGAGGAUCACCACUUUAAGAAGGUGCCACAUUGCCCAGUUAGCUUUACUUCUCUCUGCUGCUUUAUAUCUUUUGGAUCGUUUGCAGCCCUUAUUUUUCCUUGUGUUGUCUAAAUUCUUGCAUUUUGAGCUAGUGUUUUUAUCACUGUGUAUGUGAACCACUUUGAGUUUAUUUUUUUAAAGCAAAAGCAAGGCAUUAUGAUUUAAAAUAAAAUAUAAAACAUCAGAAACC